AUGGCCCUCCUCCCGCUCCGGCGCACCCGCGCCGCAGCCUUUGUGCUCGUCGCGACCUUUGCCCUCGCAGCAUGGGCCAGCACCAGCAGCACCGCCGACAAAACCGCGAUACCCUCCCCCGACACCCUCUCCCUCGCCGACCUCGACGCCCAACUCCAAGAAUGCCCCAUCAUCACGCACCUCUCCACGCUCAAAGCAACCACCCACGCCGCCCACCCCCCCUCGCUGACCACCCGCCUCUUCACCACGCUCUUCCCCUCCUCCCACCCGGCCGUCAACGCCCUCCUCGCAACGCUAUACAUCUCCGGCCCGCCGAAUUUCCUGCUCGCCCUCUGCCCGACCAACAUCGACCCGGCGUCGCUGUCCGUCAUGGUGGCGUUUGCGGUUGGGGGGUUGUUGGGGGAUACGCUGUUUCAUUUGCUGCCGGAGAUCUUUUUGGGGGAGGACGAGCCGGACCGGGUGCGGUUGGUGCUGGUGGAGCCGAAUCGGAAUCUGUUGUUGGGGGUGGCGGUGUUGGUGGGGUUUUUGGUGUUCGUGGGCAUGGAUAAGGGGUUGCGGAUCGCGACGGGGGGUGCGGGGGGGCAUGAGCAUGGGCAUGGUGGGCAUGGGCAUGGGGAAGGGGAAGGGAGGUCGAGUGCGGUGGAGGGGGGAAAGGAUGGGGUGAGGUUGAGGAAGGGGAAGAAGGGGGAGGUGGUGGAGGCGGGGGGUAAGGAGGUGGAAAAGAAGGAGGUCAAUCCGUCGGUUAAGCUGGGCGGGUUGUUGAAUAUGAUCGCCGACUUCACGCACAACAUCACCGAUGGCUUGGCCAUGUCGGCGUCCUUCUACGCGUCCCCCACCAUCAGCGCCACCACCACCGUCGCCGUCUUCUUCCACGAGAUCCCGCACGAGGUCGGCGACUUUGCCCUGCUCGUCCAGUCGGGCUUCACCAAGCGCCAGGCCAUGGGCGCGCAGUUCGUCACCGCCAUCGGCGCCCUGCUCGGCACGCUCAUCGGCAUCGCGGUGCAAGAGUUUGGCGGCGGCGGCGGCGGCGGCGGCGAUGCCGACGGAGCGGCCAUGAGCAUGCGCGGCGGCCUCUGGGGCACCAGCCUGACCUGGGGCGACAUGCUGCUGCCGUUCACAGCCGGCACGUUCCUCUACGUCGGCACCGUGGCCGUCAUCCCCGAGCUGCUCGAGACGGGCCCCAACAAGGCGGCCGAGCUGCGCAAGACGCUGGUGCAGUUUGCGGCCAUCUUCGCUGGCGCGGGCAUCAUGCUGUACAUCUCGUGGCAUGACUGA